AUGAACAAUUUCAAAGUAACUAAUUUAAAAUCUCCGGAAAAUGAUAAUGACGCUGUUCACAAGAAAUAUUUACGUGAUCAAACAAAUUCAAUUGAAGUAAAUAAAAACCAUUUAGAAGAUAAAAUAAGUAAUGUGAAAAGAUUCUUCAAACGUCAAUUAAAUAAUAAAAAUUUUAUUAAUGAUACUAAACUACCGCAAGAGGUAGCAGGUUUAAUUAGUUUUAUUCAAAAACAAUUGGUCAACGUAGAGAACAAAACUAUAAAAAAAUAUGGAUUUACAGCAAAUAUAAGAGUAUAUAAACCAAAUGAUUAUCCCUAUAAAAUGUUUGAUGGUAAAUAUCCAACAUAUUUUUAUUUCCUAGGAAAACCUCAAAUUGAAAUUAUUUUUCCUAUACAGGUAAAAGUUGAUUCAAUAUUCUUCGGACAAGGAUUUCGAUCAUCUAAUAAAUUCAACGCUCGUAAAGUUCUUCAGUUUAUCAAAGGUACAGAAAAUGUAGAAACUAAAGAAUUUGAAAUUAACGAUGAAAACAACAAGACUGAUCACUUGUAUGAAAUUAAAACGAGUGGAAAAUAUAUAGAUAUGUUUAGAAUAUUAAUCAUACCAGAUAAAGAAAAAAUUAUACUUAUUUAUUUGGUGAAUUUGGUGUGA